AUCCUCGUGCGAGUGAAAGGACCGUUACAGCUACCUUACCGCUGCCUGUUACUAAAAAUGAUAAAUGUGAAACAGAAUUAAUUGCUGACUUCAGAUCAUCUUAUAAGGGAAAUUUAACACUUAAAUUUGUAUGUAGUUAUUUUUUUGUUAUUUUAAAAUAUGUUAAAUCGUCAUUUUAGCUAUCAUUUCUAUACAGGCAUAUCUUGGGCAGCUAUUUUUCAGCAGUUGGGUCUUUAGACGUCAUAUGUUUUGGCAGUGAGAGUUGGCUGUGAAAUGCUAUAGAUAUCUAUGUCACAUUUCCUGAUAAUUUCUUCAUUCUUUAGCAUAUUUUUUGCAAAGAUUUAACAGCUAAAAUAUGUCCUCGCCUCUAGCAAAACCACAGAUAAUUGCGCAUAUACAGAAAAGUUUAAACUACACGGUCUUUGACUCUAAAUGGAUACCGUGCAGCGCCAAGUUUGUCUGUUUGGGUAACUUUGCCAGAGGAACUGGUGUGAUGCAGAUUUAUGAAGUUCAACAUGGAGAAGCUCAACUUGUGAAGGAGGUAGAGAAACCAAAGCCUAUAAAAUGUGGUACAUAUGGAGCCACAUCACUUCAGCAAAGGCACAUAGCAACGGGAGAUUUUGAUGGAAAUCUCAACAUAUGGAAUCUGGAGAGUCCCGAAGUGGCAGUUUACUCAGCUAAAGCCCACAAAGAGAUAAUUAACUGCAUUGAUGGAGUUGGUGGUUUAGGGAUUGGUGAUGGAGCACCAGAGAUUGCCACUGGAAGCAGAGAUGGAACUGUUAAGAUUUGGGAUCCUAGACAAAGAGAUACACCUGUUGCCAACAUGGAGCCUAUAGAGGGAGAGACCAAGCGGGACUGCUGGACGGUUGCAUUCGGGCAUGCCUUUAAUGACCAGGACCGCUGUGUUUGUGCUGGUUAUGAUAAUGGAGACAUAAAACUUUUCGACCUGAGAAACAUGUCUCUACGAUGGGAGACCAACAUUAAGAAUGGGGUGUGCUGUGUAGAGUUUGACAGAAAAGACAUAAACAUGAACAAGUUGGUGGCGACUUCACUGGAGGGAAAAUUUCAUGUUUUUGACUUGAGGACACAGCAUUCUACCAAAGGCUUUGCAUCCGUUUCUGAAAAGGCUCAUAAAUCAACAAUUUGGCAGGUGAAACAUUUGCCCCAGAAUCGGGACAUUUUUAUGACAGCUGGAGGAGCAGGAAACUUACACCUUUGGAAGUAUGAGUAUCCAGCUCAGAGAAGUAAAAAGGACUCUGAUGGUGUAGACGUUGGUGUUGCUGGAACAGUCAAUCUGUUGCAGAACGUGACACUGUCCACUCAGCCAAUCGCCAGCCUCGACUGGAGCCCCGACAAACAGGGUCUGUGUGUGUGCUCCAGCUUUGACCAGUGUGUCCGAGUCCUCAUUGUAACAAAACUCAAUGUGGUGUAAGACUAGACUGUACAAAUACAUAUACCAGUGUAUUACUUUGGGUCAAGACCAACCUUCACAUUUUUACACAACACCCUUAUUCAGAAGUAAUAUUGCAGGAAAGGCAUAAAAACAUGUUCUACAUUCGCCAAUGGUAUUUGUGCAGUCUUUAUGAAGUGGUAUUUUGUGUUAUAGGAUUUUGUGUUGAGUACCAUUCAAGCCUUCAUGUAAGUUAUAAUGACAUUUAUUUGUUGAAAUUUUAUAUGAUUUUUAAAAAAUAAACAUUUAUGAAGAU